UUUACAAUAUGUUUCCCAAUCUAAAUCAAGACUAAUUUGAUUUAUCCAAAUUUUCCGAUGAGCAAAUAAUGGAAUUCAUAAAAAGCAAUCCUGAAGUGCUAAAUUAAUAUUAUUUCAAUAGCUCAAAUAAAAGUAUGACCAAUUUCUUUUCUAAUAAAAGAAAGCCAAUUUGUAAACAAACCAUCUUAAAACUAAACCCUUGACAGAUUCAGAAUAUUUGGUAUAGAAUAUAUUAAUUUUCUUUUUACAGAAGCUCAAAGAUAUUUAAGAAUAUUUAGAUUAAGAAGGUGGUAUGAUGAUUGAACCCACACCACACUUUGUUCUUAAAGCUUUUGAUCAAAGUGGAGAAAAAGUCUUCUUUAAUGUAACUUCACAUUCACUGGUUGAUGCUCCUGAAGAGAAGCAACUUAUUGAUUAUAAUAAUGAAGUUGGAAUUAGAGUUCCUAUGAGUGUUGGAAGUAUCAAGGAAGAUCAUGAUGUAAGUAAUAAUUAUAAUUUUAAUCAAUCUAGAGGGUGAUACUUGUAAAGUCAUUGAUUUAGUCAUUAAUCCAACUGUUGCAACGAAUCUAACUCAAGAUGAGAAUCUGAAAACAUUUUUUUGUUAACUUGUUUAAACCUACGUAGAUUAAAAAUACAAACUCAAGUUGCAGGAUAGUAUAAAUUAACUUCAUACUUUAGAAUUUAUUUCUUUAAAAAUGAAAUACAAAGGCAAAAGUAUUUAGUUUCAAAGAGUUAAAGGAAAAAAACCACCCAAAGUUUAAGUCAUUGAUGAAAAGCCUAAUUAAUCUUAAUCUGCUGCUCAGAAUCAUAAUGACGAAGAAGAUGAGACAGAACAAAGUAAAAUUAGAACUAUAAUAAUAAGUAAGAAAAAGGCAAAGAGAGGAAUUUGAAAAAUAGUCAUUAUCUUCUCAAACAACACCUGUUAUUGCCUAAGAACCUGAAUGGGAAUUAUACUUGAUCUACGACAAUACAGAAUUAGAAUAUGAUGGUGAUUUAGAUUUUAAUGCAAUAAAGUAAUAUAGAUUUCAAAUUCUCACACCACUUUUAAUUACAGGAAAAGCUAUCAAAUUAAAAGUAGAUGAAGAUUAAUUCUCAAUGGUAGCAGGCAAAUUUUAUAAAAUUUCAUUGAAAUUUCCUUCCAAAGUUAAUAAAGCCUCAGUUAAAGCUCUCUUUCUUACAGAAAAGCGUACUUUAUGGAUAUCUGCAGAUGUAAAUUUUGAACUUUUUUAUUUUUAGGUGAAUAAACCAAAUGAAGAAGAGGGAAAUCUAUAAAAAGAGAAUUCUACUAAAGAUUUUCAAAGUCAUUAAUCAUAGUCUAAUAGUAACUAUGAAUUACAAAGUAAUUUAAUAUUUGAUAUUGUUUGA